GAACCCUGGCACACAAAACAACUUGUGGGGGGAGGGGGUGACGUUUAGUGAAGUCUGAACACACACAGAUAUAGGCAUCAAACGGUCACCUUGCGGGAGAAAUAGUUACUCUACACUAGAUGCAAAAUGGCGGACGAAAACGAAACUUCGGCCCCUGUAAUUACUGUGGAAGAGCCACUUGAUUUGAUUCGCCUGAGUCUUGAUGAAAGAAUUUAUGUAAAAAUGCGGAACGAACGAGAGUUGAGAGGCCGACUACAUGCAUAUGAUCAGCAUUUGAACAUGGUACUCGGUGAAGUUGAGGAAACAGUAACCACUGUUGAAAUUGAUGAAGAGACAUAUGAAGAAGUCUAUAGAACAACAAAACGCAACAUUCCCAUGCUUUUUGUACGUGGGGAUGGUGUGAUUCUUGUCUCCCCUCCAAUGAGAGGCGUGCUCAUUAUGAAGAAACAGUCGAAGACCAGCAUCAAAUUUGUUGGUAAGACCAAACGUGAACCAAUAAAAAAGACGACUCAAGGAAAAACAAGGAAAUUGAAUGGUAGUAGUGCGGCAUCGGUAGAUAAAAAAUGGGCAAAAUUGAGUCUUGACGAGUUUAUUAACUCAUCCGCAAGUGAAGAGAACACUUCUAGUGUUGAAGACGGCUCUGUAUUGUCAGACGUAGAAAAAGAGGAAGAAGAAUCUGGAAGUGAAGAAGAAGAUGAAAUGGAUUCAGGCGAUGAAGAGAUUGAUGAAGAUGAUCAAGAAAUGGAUGAAGAAGAUGAAGACAUGAGUGAAGCUGAUGAAAAUUCUGAAGAUGAAAGUGGUGAUGAUUUGGAUGAAGAUGCAGCCAUAAAGAAGCACAAGCAAACAUUAGAUAAGCUGAAGAAUACUGAUCCAGAGUUCUACCAAUUUCUCUCUGAAAAUGAUCGUGAACUGCUAGAUUUUGGAUCUAGUGACAGUGAAGAUGAAAGAGGUGGUCAAGUCCAUGAAUUACCAAAACCAGAAGAAUUAGAAGUUGGCAGUGAUGAAUCAGAUUUUGAAGAUCAAGAGAGUGCUGCAAAAAGACAAAAGAAUGUCAUUACUCAAAGUAUGGUUGAUAAAUGGCAACAGGAGCUCCAAGAUCCUAAGUCCAUGAGAACGAUUGUUGACGUUGUAAGUGCUUUCCGAAGCGCAGUGCAUUCUGUCACUGAAGAGAAAGAAGGUGCAACUAGAUUUGUUGUACAAGGGAGUGCUGCCUUCAACGCGGUAGUUCGUAUUUGCAUUGUCGACCUUAUUCCAGCUUUGAAAAGAUUUCUGAAAUCACCACCUGAUGAAAAGCUGAAUUUAGAAAAAUGUAAAAGUUGGACCAAACUACGUCUGCACGUGAAAUCUUACCUAGCCGACGUUAUUCGAUUGCUGGGAUCCCUAACAGAAUCCUCGCUCCUUUCAGUGAUCUUGAAGCAUAUUCAUCAGCUUAUACCGUUUUACGCAGCGUUCAUAAAGUUAUCACGUGUGCUAUGCAAACGUUUGGUUACAGUCUGGUGUUCAGCCGAAGACACUAUUAGAGUCCUCGCCUUCCUAUCCAUUUUGCGAUUAGCCCGUACGAUGCCCGGUCAGCUUUUGGAACCUGUUAUCAAAGCGAUGUACUUGAGCUACGCCCGGAAUUGCAAAUUCACUUCCCCUUCUACGUGGCCUGUCAUCAAUUUUAUGCGCCGCUCCUUAGUAGAGUUAAUGGCUCUUCAAGAAGCUUUGACUUACAAGCACGCAUUUCUCUAUAUCCGCCAGUUAGCAAUCCAUUUAAGAAAUGCUAUCACAUCCAACAAAAAGGAUGCUAUAAUGACUGUCUACAACUGGCAAUUUGUCCAUUGUCUACAUCUCUGGGGCGCACUGUUGGGUGCCCUUCCCGACAGCCAAUUGCUAAGACCACUGUUGUAUCCACUUGUACAGAUUGCAAUUGGUACGAUAAAUCUAGUGCCGACCGGGAAAUACUAUCCACUGAGAUUUCAAAUAGUGAGCAUUUUAAACCAGCUGUCCACCGACACAGGAACUUACAUCCCAACAGUGUCAUUUUUAUUAGAGAUUCUCCAGAAUCACAAGUUCGAGAAAAAACCAUCCAAGGUUUCAAUGAAACCUCUCGAGCUUAGCUGUGUUCUACGAGUAUCUCAAUCUCAGAUGGGUGAAAGUGGUUACAGAGAUGCGAUAAUUGAUUUGCUGUAUGAUCACCUACUCGAAACCUUGCAGUGUCAAUCACAUUCUUCGGCUUUUCCUGAGAUUGCGUUGCCUGUCAUUUUGCAACUGAAGCAAUUCAUUAAAAAAUCUACGAUGGCAAAUUACACCAAAAAAAUGAAGCAAUUGAUGGAGAAAGUUCAAGAGACCGUCCAGUUUGUGGAGAAGCAGCGUAGUCAAGUUCACUUUGAUUUGGCAGAUACCAAGGCUGUGCUAGCCCUCGAAAAUCAGAUCAAGCAAUGCGGCACGCCACUCACCAAUUACCAUAGCUCGUGGAAAAAAAUGCGCGACAGAGAAAUGGCGAUUAAGAUCGCCAAAAAGCCGGAGAAUGACAGAGAUGCUGGCAUUCCUGUUAUGAAAAAGACGGUCCUUCAGUCCAAGGAUGACGACAGUGACGCGGACGGCGAAUUCGAUGAACUCUUCCCAUCUGAUUUGUCAGAGGAUGAAGAUGACGAAAACCGCUUCUUGCUUAAGGAAGAGAGAGAAGUCAAGACCAAAUCUAAAAAUCAGGAUGAAAAGAAAAAAGGAAAGGAGAAGAAAACACAUGCUGAGGAACCGAAGAAGAUAGUAAAGACAAAAGCAAUGAAGGCGGCAACGGCAACCGAGGAAGAAGAUAUUGGCGAAGGCGAAGACAUAGCUGAUGAAGUUACAGAUUUCAAUAUGUCUGAGGACGACGAAAGUGGACGCGAAAAUCAUGCAGGUGGAAGUGAUGAAGAUGACUGAAUUAAUAACCUUCUACUGAUGGUUGUACUUUAACGUAUCUGCCAAACGCCUGCGAUUGAUUUUGAUAAAAAUAAACCGAUUUAAAACAA